CAGCCCGAAGAAGCCACGCGGUAUCUCCCCAUAAGCAUAAAGGUCUGGUGCAAUGUGUUUUGAGUGGAGGUUGAGAGCGGGCGCCUGGGUGACCUGGUCUUCAGCGGCCAAAAUAUGGUUCUUGGGACAUGGAAUGUCACUUAUACUAUGGUGGGGAAGGAGCCCAAACUUUUGCGAGAGGUUGAGACAUUCCGACAAGAUAUAGUCGGACUCACCUCAACCCACAGUUUGGGUUCUGGAACCAAACUCAUGGAGAGGGCUGGACCUUGUUCCACUCAGGAGUUGUUGCAAGGGAGAAGCAGCGAGCCCCUGAGACAUAGGGUGAGGAGCUCAGAGUAGAGGUGCUGCUCCUUCACAUUUAGAAGAGCUAGUUGAGGAUGCCUGGUAAGGUGUACCGAGCAUGCCCAGCCAGGAGAAGGUCCAGAGGCAGACCUAGAACACGCUGGAGGGAUUUUGUCUCUCAGCUACCCUGGGAACACCUUGGUAUUCUCCCGGUGGAACUGGAGGAGGUGGCUUGGGACUGGGAAGCCUGGGCUUCCCUACUAAGACUGCUGCAACCACAACCCAGAUCCUGCUAAGCGGAGGAAAAUGGAUGAAUGGAAGCACACACAGAGUUCGGUAGUGGGAGGGGGGAGCAGACUUUCUUCACAGAUUGAACCUACAAAACGCAUGGAUGCUUUGUUUGGGUUUGCCGUACAAUAACCAAAACAUCAUUUUCACUGAAAACCGAAUCUUGUGAAAACCAAGGUUCCACUGCAAUAAAAGUUAUAUGACAAUAUUGUAAACUAUCACAAUAUUAUUGUAUCGCAAGCUUUCCUGUAAGAUUUACUUGAGGAUUUGCUCCCCUAAUAUAGGUUGCAAUAAUAUUGUUGUGUUAUCUGACGUUGUGACGUUGUGAAGACUGAAUCAACAGCACAUCUAUUGCAUGUAGCCAAAUGGUGCGCUAUAUUUUGCUGAUUGCUUAAGUUGCUUAACUGUAAGACAUGAAACCCCAAUCACCAAUUGAAACGAUGAAUUAAUGACUUUCUCUACUUUAAAUACCCUUUGAAUAGAAUGGGACAACCUCUCUGAAUGUUCUGAACUCCUCUUUUGAGCAGCGUGGAGGCGAUUGCCAAAUGAUUGCAGAUGUUUUGUUAUGUCAUGGCUGCUGAAUACAGUAUAUCGUAAGUUACUUAACUGCCAACCCAACCCAUAUUCUAUGAAGCUUAUCCUCACUAGGGUCGUGGGGGUAUGCUGGAGCCUAUCCCAGCUGUCUUCGGGCGAGAGGCGAGGUACACCCUGGACUGGUCGCCAGCCAAUCACAGGGCACAUAUAGACAAACAAGCAUUCACACUCACAUUCAUACCUAAAAAAAAAAACAACAACAACAGAGACCUGAACCCAGAUCUUCCAGAUCUCCUGACUAACUCCUGGCUAACCACUAGGCCACUGUGCGGCUCAUGAAUACACCUUCAUAUAAAAUAUAAUAAGGUAUAUAAUACUGUCUAUGUUUUAGGACAUUAUUCACUAAUAAUAAAUCGUAUUAGUAAAAACUGCAAUAUUAACAAAAGCGGAAUGGAAGAGCCAUAAUUUAAUGUGUGAACAAAAAGGUAACAUAUGUCCAGCUUUGGUAAAAACAUAGUAUUGGUCAUAAUGUUUGGUUUUGACUGAGAAGUAUUCAUAUAACAAUAGCUUUAUUAUUUUGCUUGUAGUUUUAUUCUGCAUUUCUACAUUUCCCCAUAAUAUUGCUGUAUUGUAUCAGAUAACCAAAAUGAAAAACUACAACCAUGGCACCAUGUCAAUCAGUCAGUCAGUCAGCAUUGUUAUGAUGAAUUUGCAGCUCUCAUUGGACUAGGUGAGUGUAUCCCCUGACUGCAACCUGAUUACACACACUAAAAAAAAGGGUUUUCCAUUAUUUGAUGUGCACCUGAGGAGUGACCUUUUGACCUUCAGGCAGAUCAUGAGACCUCGUCAUUCCAUCUCCCCUCUCCCUUUCUCCUCCCCCCCAGGAGCAGCAAGACACAGACUCUUGUGACACAGUAAUGGUGUGUGUGUGUGUGCCGAUAUGGAGAGGCCCAUUACUGCAGUCACAUGGCAGUCCUUCUCACAAGGCGCUCUUUAAGCUCCGGUGUCGCCACACAGAGCAGCCAUUCAUCGGCUCCACGGCCAGCACCACACACACUCCCAUGUUGAACCACUGCACGGCUAAAUUGGUGUAGCAGAUUCCCAUGCGUAAAAAGGAUCUGGACAAUUUUACGCAUCAGUAUGGCUUUGUAUUAAAUAGUUUCUCAUAACAGGGAGCUUCACAGACGUCCAUAAAAAUAUCUUUUUAAUUACUUACUACUUUCCAACUCAUUGUGAAGUGUUAAAAAGUAAUUUUAAAAAAUGUCCGGAGAGGAGCACAGCUUGUCUGAAGCGGAGCUGAGCCCCGGAGGCUCGGACGACGCUCACUCCCUAUCCCCGUCCCAUGCCGGAGCACCACCCGGCCACGACUCACCUCUAACCGGGCCUGCGUCUCACCUGACGGCGCUCUGCGUAGCGGAGGGCAGCAGAGAUGACAGGUCCGUGGUGAAGUCGGAGGAGGAGGACGAUCGAUUCCCCAUCGGCAUCCGGGAGGCGGUGAGUCAGGUUCUGGACGGCUACGACUGGACUCUCGUGCCCAUGCCGGUGCGCGUAAACAACGGAAACAAAGCCAAGCCUCACGUCAAGCGUCCCAUGAACGCCUUCAUGGUGUGGGCCCAGGCGGCCAGGAGGAAGCUGGCCGACCAGUACCCCCACCUGCACAACGCUGAGCUGAGCAAGACCCUUGGCAAACUGUGGAGACUGCUCAACGAGAGUGACAAGAGGCCAUUCAUCGAGGAGGCGGAGAGGCUGAGGAAACAGCACAAGAAGGACUACCCGGAGUACAAGUACCAGCCCCGGAGACGCAAAAACGGCAAACUCACGCCUGCUAAUGAGUCAGACAGCCCGGGGGAAGAAGGGGCCAGCCACUCCCAGUCACACUACAAGAGCCUGCAUCUGGAGCACAGUGGCGGCGCCGGUUCCCCUCUGGGCGAAUUGCACCACCAUCACCACCAUCAUCACCAUCACUCUGCUAGUCAGGGUCACAGCCCCCCCACACCCCCUACCACCCCAAAGACAGAGCUCCAGUCAGGCAAAUUGUCAGACAGCAAAAGGGAGGGAGCGACCGGAGCAUCAGGGGGAUCCAGGGGAGCCCUCGGUGGAGGGGGAGAAGGGGUGUCCAGCGGUACUUCGUCAACCAGCUCUAAGCCCCACAUCGAUUUUGGCACUAUGGAUAUUGGAGAGAUCAGCCACGAGGUGAUGGCCAACAUCGACUUUGACGUCAACGAGUUUGACCAGUACUUGCCCCCCAACGGCCACCCCCAGGGCACACCCGGAACGCCCGCUUCGGGAUCAUCUGCUUCAUCCUACGCCUAUGCCCUGGCCGCAGCGAGUGGCCACUCGGCCUGGCUCUCCAAGCAGCAGCAGCAGCAGCCUCAGGCCUCGCCAUCGUCCUCUGACCCGUCCAAGCCCCAGAUCAAAAGCGAGUCAGCGACUGCGAGCCACUACGCCGAGACCUCGUCGUCGCCCUCCUCGGGGACUCACGUCACUUACACCCCGCUCAGCCUCCCUCACUACGGCUCCGCUUUCCCCUCGCUGGCCUCCAGAGCUCAGUUUGAGUACGGAGACCACCAGGCGCCUGGGGCAUACUAUGCCCACUCCAGUCAAGCCCCUGGGCUGUAUUCAGCCUUCUCCUACAUGGGGCCUACACAGAGGCCUCUGUACACCACCAUAGGAGACCCUUCCAGCGUCGCUCCCUCCCACAGUCCCACACACUGGGAGCAGCCUGUUUACACCACACUCACAAGACCCUGAGGGGAGGGGUGGAGAGGUGGAGUCGAGGGAGAUAUGGGAAGCGUGUGAGAGGAUCUGUUUGCUAGAGUGUGUAAUUGCUUUGCCUGAUGUGUAUGCGUAUGUAUGUCCAUGACCAUAUUGUUGUAAAAUUAGAGGUUUUUACUUUUUUAGCUGAUAAAAUGCAUCCAUGGGGGAGGGGGGGGGGCACGCUCAGUGUGGGUCUGCAGCCAAUCAUAAAAAUACAUUUAGAAAAUGAGUGCCAUCAGGAAUGUAUGACUGAAGAUGUACAGCAAGUGGAGAGGAAUGAAUCAAUGUUAUGUAGAUAUCUCAUCAAGGUUCACACUGACAUCAUCCCAUUUAUUAACCAAACUAAAGGAGACUUUUUGGAUUGAUUUGUGUUAUUUUAUAUGAGUAGUAUUGUUAUGGUAGAGUGUAACUUUAUUGUGACUGACAUUAUAACACUUACACAGCUUCACCACUGCUCCGGGAGUACAAUGCUCCUUUAAGGGUUCUUUUCAGUGGCCAGCUAAUUGCGACCUAAUUUCUCUGUAGAUAACAAUUGUCCGUCUCUGUGUGUCUUGUUCUUUACUACUUUUGCUGAUCUGAAGCAUUUAUGGGAACAAUAUAGGAAUAUGAGAGGGAAAGAGAGCUCUUAAAAAAAAAGAUAUUUCAGCUUUUUUGCUCCGUCUUUGACACUUUACCUCAACUGUCAUUGUCAUUUUGUGCCAUUAGCAGAGGAAAAACUCCACUUUCCAUGAACUAUUUUGCUUUUUUUCCUUGCUUUUUAACGAUUUGCUGAUUCACAUUUGAGUUCUAACGUGUUGUAAUGAACUAUAGUACAAAGUCUCAAUCAAAUCCCUUAAGAUAAUUGGCCAGCUUUGGGUCCUACUUAAGGAUUAUGUGGAAUCACAUGUAUGGUUGUUCUGCAUGUGUUCUACUUCACGGUUUCUCCUAUAGAGCAGCCCAAAACAGGCUUCCUCUCGGGCAAUGUGAAUAAUAGACAUUACCAUGGGUUUUACCUUUUCUAUAUAAUGCAUAGUUUAUCGUUGUAUACUGACCUUCUUACCAUGCAGUUACUGUUUGUUAUGUUAAUGAUGUCACACCUAUUGCUUCCUCCAUUUUUGUAUAAUUCCGAAUAGUUUUGUAAAGUGUUGCCAUAUAUUGAAUAUUUUGCUUCCUUACAAGAAAAAGCAAUGUUGAAAUAUUGUUGUCAUCUA